GUCACAUGUUUCCACUUGUUGAGGGCACUUCAUAGGAGAAAGACCUUAGGUACCAAUAGGCCUGCUGGGGUAGACUUAGACCGACUGAUUUCAAGAUGAAUACUCUGUUUGUGGCUUGCUUCUGUACAUCCUUGAUGUAUAUUGCUGUUGUCAAUAGUACGUCUCAUCAACAGCCGGCUUGGCGGAAAAGGACCACAGAUGUACGGGAGGAGCUACUAAGUGGAGGGGCACAGCUUCCGUUCAAUAUCCUUGUUUCUGUCGAUGCUGUGGUCCGUCGGUGCGUUGAUCUACAGGCCAGGACGUAUGUCGCCGAAACUGCUCUGACUCCAACAAGCCUGUGUAACGUGGAAAAGGCAUUUCUGCACUGCUUCGACGCGGAGGAAUCCCCUGAGCGUGCGGAAAAAGGCCUGGCGGUGCUUCGGUCUGUGGUCACGGGGCAGUACAUUUCCACGGUGCUGCCGUUCUGUGGAACCGUCAGUCAUGGCGACAAAUUACGUGACGUCGACAAAAAUGCAGCUGGUGACUGCACCAUCUUGGACGUUCAGCACUGUUUCGCCAAAGCCGUCCUCGCCCAGGACAGUGCUUGGACCCCCUGCUUGGCCCAACCUCUCGCCUUCCAAUGCUACAUGCACGAGUGCCUCGGCCCGAAAGUCGGACCCGUACCAAACAUCAUCGGCAAUGUGAUGGCCUACCAUCUCAACUCCACAUUUAAGGCGCCCGGACUGUGUACCCAUAUGGAAACUCCUCCUAUCAGCAAUGAAUAUGACUAUCUCUACUAAAUUGUCCAUCCAAUCCACUUACAUUAGGCCAUAGACGAUUUGAUAAUAUGGAUGACAUCCGAGUUUCCAAAAGUAAAAAUAA